UUCCAUUGGCGUGAGCAAGAUUACCAAUUACCAAAGUGUUAUCGCAAAUUUCCACUGUCCAAAAGGGGGCGUUGGAUAAUGAGUUCUCACCAGGGUGGGAAUUUAACGUUGGAUGAAUCCCUCACGUUUGAUGAAGUCUCCAAGCUAUUCUCUCUGCCCAUCGCAGAGGCUGCUAACAUUCUCGGUGUUUGUAGCAGUGUUCUGAAGAAGAUAUGCCGUGAUAAUGGUCUCAUCAGGUGGCCAUAUCGUAAGUUUCUAUCUGGAAAGAGUAUCGAAGAAAUUAAAAAGGAUGCUGCUAGAGAAAGAAACAGGGAGCUUGCUCAGUUGUCAAAGGCUGCAAGACAGAAAAAUGAAUCAGCAAGUUCUAUUCUAUCAUCAACCUUUUUCAGUGGCUCCCAACUUCAAAACAAAAUGUCAAACUCUUCACAGCAGCAGGGAAGUGGUGUUCAAAAUAUACGGCCGCAGCAUCUGCAGAAUCCAAGCUUGACAAAAGGAAUUCCAGACCAUGUGGAUGAAUUCAAGUAUGGGUUCCCAACAGAUGGCUUAUCAACCAUCACUGUCAAAUGGUGGGGAAGCAGCAGCCCGGAUGGUACCGAGGAUGAUGUCUUUGGGGAUGAAACUGACCAAGAAGACAAACAACAAUCCCCAGAAAAAGCUGAUUCUAGUUGCCUAACAACUGAGGAAAAGAAGCCAGAUAAAGGAACUGGGGAGAACGAAAUUGGUCCUCAAGGCACAGGCUUGCUGUCAUCUGUGAGAAAAAGAGCUGCACAAGAAGGACGAGAAGCACUUAAGCUUGGUUACUGCAGGAACACGGGGGCAUACAAACUGGCAAGGAGAGAGGAAAUAUUGCUCCUGAAAGUAUUUGGAUCAUCCUUGCCAAAUCAUUAUACAACUAGCUCUUGAUCAUUGUGCAUGGAUGGUUUGUCAUUUGUAAGCUCCUUGCUAUCAAAGUUAAGCCUUGAUAAAAGAACACAACUUUGUUGUGGGUACUUUGUUAUCAAGUUAAGCCUUAAUAAAUAAUACAUGAACUUCUGCUACUGCAUUGGAUAUGUCCA